ACCCCCCUCCUUAUCCCUCCCUCCAACUCGCGAUGCCUAAAACACUCUCCGGCGACAUGGGCACCCAGAUUGUCUGGACGCUUCCCUGCUCUCCGUCUUCGCACGUACACACUCCCGCCCAGUCUCCCCGGCACAGCAAAAAGAAACCCCCAUCGUACAUCCCGCGCCCGCCCAAUGCCUUUAUUCUCUUCCGAUCCUCGUUCAUCAAAUCCCAGCACGUCUCCACUGAUGUCGAGACGAACCACUCGACGCUAUCCAAGAUCAUCGGCAUGACAUGGCAGGGGCUCCCAGAAGGCGAGAGGCAGGUGUGGCAUGACAAGGCGCGUGCGGCGCUCGAUGAGCACAGGCAGCGGUUCCCUGGGUAUGCGUUCCGGCCGGGAAAGGAGGGCGGAGAGACGAAAGCAAAGGCACGGAGGAAGGUGCGGGAAGUAGAGCCGAAGGAUACGAAGCGGUGUGCCAAGAUUGCAGAGCUGCUCGUAGAGGGAUUGAAGGGCGCCCAGCUGGACAAGGCGAUCAAGGAGUUUGACAAGACGCACGUCCCGGAGAUCAUCACACGCUUUGAGGUGCCGAUUACGGAGAGCGCAUUCAGGCAGCAGACGGGCAAGGAGGAAAGGCGGAGAAAGAUUUCUUCUGGGAAACGUGAGCGAUCGACGCCCCCGCCUCUGCCUCCCCUUGUCAUUCCUGAACCCGUUGCGCCUAUCAUGCCCGAGGCCGAGGCGCCAGUCAUCGAUCUCGACGCAGCGUUCCUCAACGCGCUCUGCACCGACAAUACCCCGCCGUACUAUCCUGCGUCACCGAACCCGUACGACUGUUUCUCUCCCACCCCGUCGGAUGACUUCUCCUCAUUCCUCUACCCCUCGCCUGCCGACACCUAUUCCAGUUGCUACGACUAUGGCGCCACUCCAUGCACUUCUCCCGUCGAGUACGCCUCCCCGGCUUCGUUCUUCCCUCAAGCGAGUCCCGUGCCGGUCGACAACACCAUCGACUACUAUCUCUCAAACAACCUCCCCAACGAGUAUCUCACCGAUCUGAUGGAUUUCAGUUUCCCACAGCAGGGUAUGGCGCAAUGGGAGGGAUUCGCGCUGGCGUAGAGUUCUCUUUUUUUAUCUUUAUUAUUCAUUCAUUGUAUAUAACUUUCCCUCUCCCCACCCCCCCCUCAUUUAUCCAGCUAUCUGUGUUGCGUAUUUUUCUUGGUUAUUUCAGUGGUUAUCCCCACAAUGUAUCAUACACGGAAGGAUCCUGUGUUGUAUCUAUCGGAUUUUCAUGUAGUUGGUAAAGUAGUAUUAGGACUAGAAUACGAACCGACGGGAAAAAGAAUGAAAUGAAAUCGAAAAAAGAAUUCAUAUUGCGGUCAUAGUAUGGGGAAGAAG